AUGAGUUCUUUUAAAUUUUUAUCAACAAGAGUAACUGCUUUUAUAUUGUAUUUAAUACCUCUGAUUUACUCCUUCAUAGUAUUAUUUUUUGGGUUCAUUGAAUAUAAACAAAAGAGAACUUAUAAUUUAUUAAUUUUAUGUAUAUUAUAUGGAGUAGUAAUAAUUUUAAUUUGCUUAGUAGGAUGCCAUGGAGUAAUAAAAGAAAAUGCUACAUCAAUAAGAUCAACAGUAGUUUUAUUAAUAGUAAAUAAUAUCAUAAUGACCAUAUUAAUAACAUUUUUAUUAAUAGAUAUAUUGAACUCUCCUCAUAUUGUUACUAUUCAUAAAGCUUCUAAAUUUUUACAAUUCAUAGUACAAAAUAAAAAGGUAGGUUUAUUUUUUUGUUCGUUAGUCUAUUUAUUAAUAUUUUUUUCUUUUUGCUUUAUGUGGACUAUUGGAGAUUAUUUAGCACAUUUAGAUGCCAAGUUAUGUUUAGAUGACUUGAGAAAAUCCCAUGAUUUUAUUAAGAGCAAAAAGAAAAGCAAUUCGGGAAAUAACAAUACUGAAGAGAACGAAUUUUUAAUAAAAGUUUAA